AAUUACCUUUUUCAGGACACCUAAUCCAACACAUACACAAUGGCGGAUGAUGAUAAAAAGCGUCUCGAGGAGGCGAAGAAGGCCAAACAGGCCGAGAUCGACCGCAAGCGCGCGGAGGUGCGCAAGCGCAUGGAGGAAGCUUCCAAGGCCAAGAAGGCGAAGAAGGGUUUCAUGACCCCCGAGAGGAAGAAGAAGCUCAGGUUGCUGCUGCGUAAAAAAGCCGCCGAGGAACUGAAGAAGGAACAGGAGCGCAAAGCGGCCGAGAGGAGGCGCAUCAUUGAGGAGAGGUGUGGUAAACCCAAGAACAUUGAUGAUGCUAACGAAGAUACUCUUAGGAGGAUUUGCAAAGAACAUCACGAACGCAUCAAUCGCCUUGAAGACCAAAAGUAUGACCUGGAAUACAUCGUUAAAAGAAAAGAUAUUGAGAUCUCCGACCUGAACUCCCAAGUCAAUGACCUCAGAGGAAAAUUCGUCAAACCCACACUCAAGAAGGUGUCCAAAUACGAGAACAAAUUCGCCAAGCUCCAGAAGAAGGCCGCCGAAUUCAACUUCCGUAACCAGUUGAAGGUUGUCAAAAAGAAGGAGUUCACCCUUGAAGAAGAAGACAAAGAGGCUAAGAAAGCGGAGAAGGCUGAUUGGGCUAUCGGCAAGAAGUAAACACUGUAACAACACGUCACAAACUUAACCCAUCCGUAUAACACCUGAAAUAAAAUUUGAUGGAUUUUAUUUAUUACGAAUUAAUAUAAGAAUAAAUUUAUUAUUUAAAAAUACUUAUUUUCAAAUGCCCUUAUGAUACCUAACAUGGAUGAGGUGAGAAAAGUUUGGGUAAAUUCGUUGUACCUACUACCUAAAUCAUAAGCUUGCGCUUUGAGUCAACGUUCUUAAAUGUUACGAUCGAGUAUAACGCGAGACCCCGCUUCGCAAUUCCUUAAGUUCCAUUUUUUAUCUAAAUAUAAAAGGUGCUAAUACAUAUUUUUUUAGCCUUUGUUACUAACUCUGUAUAUUAAAUAUUUUUGUAAUAAUGUAAUUUACCAGAAUCGGUAGGUUACUGCAAUUGUCUCAAGUGAAAAAUAUAUCUUAAUUUCUUUUGUUUUUCACACCCGAGCAAACUUCAAAUGGUUACAGACUUAAAUGACCGCACAAAACAGUUAAGGUAGCUAACUGCACAUAGAUCCAAAACACACGUACUUACACAAUUAUGCAGUCCCUGAUUAGAUUACGUUUAGCGGUGUGCUAAUGUUACCAUAUUUCACAGGGCGGAGUUGGAGGAAA